UUUUCAUUCUCUUCCCAAAAUAUCCCCCCCCAAAAUGCAGAGAUGGUUGCCGGUUCUCGGCCGCCGCCUCCUCUCCUCCUCCUCCGUCGCCGCUCGCCGGAUCCUCUCACCCCUUCCCCGCGUCCCCGUGCAAUUCCCUGGAACUAGCCCCACCCUCACCCCUAUUUCUCGAAAUCCCCUUCAUUUAGGGUUUCGUUUCCAAUCUCUCUCUCCUCUUCUCCCGAUGGUGCAAGCACGGCAUUUCGCAGUGAAAGAUCGGUCGAGAGCUCCGGCGACUCCGAUCACUUCCAAAGUGAAGAAAUACAAACUGAAGUCCUACUCAUCCUUCAAAUUUAGGUUUAGAACAAUGAAUGAUGGGAAUAUCCGGCGAUGGAGGGCCGGAAAGCGGCACAAUGCACACUUGAAGUCAAAGAAAGCAAAGCGGAGAUUGAGAAGGCCGGAGAUUGUUCACGCAGCUUACGCCAAGGUGAUGAAGAAGCUGAACUUUUGCGGGUAGGGAAAGUUGGAAUCCUACCGUCAUAACUACGAGCAAGUUUUGUUUCUGAAUGGGAAGAUGUUGGUAGUUUCAGAUGUUUUUAUGGUGCAUUAUGUGCAAGAAAAUUGAGAUUUUAUUCUGAAGAAAUACCAUGAAAGCAACCAAGUGUUACUCAGAUUUUUCUUUUAUCCAGUGAGAGAUCAAAUAAUGGAAGUUAAAUUAUCA